AGCGAUUGCGCCUGCGUAUCCAGACGUGGCAACGGCAUCAUGGCCUCUUGGAACCAGCGCCACGGGAGUCGGAUGAGAGGAGAAAAUGUUCAUGUUGGUGCUGCUGGUGUGGCUGCUGCCGGUGCUCGAGGCGCUGAAGGUGUCUCCUCUCAUAGAGAAGGUCAGCGACCACAAAGACUUCAAGAAGCUUCUGAGGACGAGAACCAACGUCCUGGUGGCGUACACCAAGACAGCUACAUCAGGGGACUCUCACCUGAAACUGCUAUCCGACGUGGCCCAGACAGUGAAGGGCCAGGGGACGAUCGCCUGGGUCAACUGUGGGGAAUCGGAGGGCCGUAAGCUGUGUAAGAAAGUGAAGGUGGACCCCAGCUCUAAACAUGGAGGAGCAGAGCUGCUGCAUUAUAAAGAUGGGACGUUCCACACCGAGUACAACAGACCCGCCACCUUCAAGUCCAUGGUGGCGUUCUUAAAAGACCCAUCGGGACCCCCGCUGUGGGAGGAGAACCCUGAAGCAAAGGACAUCGUCCAUGUAGAGACAGAAAAGGACUUCAGGAAGCUGCUGAAGAGAGAGGAGAGGCCGGUGCUCAUGAUGUUCUACGCUCCUUGGUGCGGUGUUUGUAAAAGGAUGCAGCCCGUCUUUCAGCAAGCAGCCACAGAGACCAAGGGGACAUAUGUGCUGGCGGGGAUGAAUGUUCACCCGGCUGAGUUUGACGGCCUGAAGCAGGAGUACAACGUCAAAGGCUACCCGACUUUCUGCUACUUUGAGAAGGGGAAGUUCCUUCACCACUUUGAGAACUACGGAGGCACAGCGAAGGAUAUUGCGGACUGGAUGAAGAACCCGCAGGCCCCCCAGCCGAAGACCCCCGAGGUGCCGUGGACGGAGACGGACUCCCCGGUCUUCCACCUGACCGACGACUCCUUCGACAGUUUCCUGGAGGAACAUCCUGCCGCCGUCAUCAUGUUCUACGCCCCCUGGUGUGGACACUGCAAGAAGAUGAAGCCAGAGUAUGAUGAAGCUGCUGAAAUCCUCAACAAGGCUGCAGACAGUCCCGGUGUGUUGGCCGCAGUGGACACCACCGUGCACAAAGCUGUAGGAGAGCGCUUCAAGAUCUCCGGGUUCCCGACCGUCAAGUAUUUCGUGAAAGGUGAAGACAAGUACACGCUGCCACACCUGCGGAACAAAGACAAGAUCAUCGAGUUCAUGCACAAUCCCCAGGCGCCUCCUCCACCUGAGCAGUCUUGGGAGGAUAAGCCCUCCAGCGUCAGCCAUCUUGGAUUAGAGGAUUUCCGAGAGGCGCUGAAGAAGAAGAAGCACGCUCUGGUCAUGUUCUACGCUCCAUGGUGUCCACACUGUAAAAACUCUGUUCCCCACUUCACCACGGCAGCUGAGCUCUUCAAAGAGGACAGAAAGAUUAUGUACGCGGCUGUAGACUGCACACGAGGACAGAACAACGAGCUCUGUAAGCAGGAGGAAGUGGAGGGAUACCCGACAUUUAACCACUACAACUACGGCAAGUUUGUGGAAAAAUACAACGGCGAUCGUGGGGAGGAGGGCUUCAUCAAUUUCAUGCGCAGCCUCCGAGGACGUGACCAGGUGAAGAGGAAGGAGGAGCUCUGAGAGGGGGGGGGGGGGGAGCAGGGAGGGGGAGUUGCACUGCACAGUUUGUCAUUGCACUGUGACCCUUGACCCUGACAGGGUGGGAGAUUUGAUGACCUCAGCUAUUUUUUGAUACCGUAGUGAUCACGUUUGUAAUAAAUCCAACAGAGAACCUGCAGUGAGCGAGACUCCUUUUUCACGGAGGGGCGGGAAAUACACGGACAAAAAUGUUUAGUUCUUUUUGCCCCAAACACUGUGACUACAUAUGUGAAAAACUACACCCUAUACUUUAUCUAUGCAAUACUGGUGGUGGGCAUCAAUAGUAAAAGGUGGAGACUGCACAGGGGUCCGAAACAGUCCCAUCUACCCCCCUCUGUCUCUAGAAGUAGAAACACACGCCUGUUUGUUCCAAGAUUUCCAUGUGUCACGUCCAGAGCCAUCCAGAAUAUUGCUUUAUUGCAGAUUAGACGAUAAAUAACUGCAUUUAACACCUAAGAAAAGCACAUGUUGUACGGUGAAAUGUGCUGUUGUAGUAAAAAGGCACUGUAGCUAUGAAGUAGUUUAAAUCUUAGCCAAAGGUUCAAUACUCUGAAUGGUUCCAGGCUUUUGUUUGGCUUUUUAAUUUUGUUUUUCUAAAAACUGUGGCCUUAAAGAUAUACAAAAGAAAAGAUGAAAAAAUGCUGGAUUUGCAGAAUUAUCAAACGAAGGGGAUCGGACGCCGUGACGUUCCUUCAGGUUAUGGACCAGAGAAGAAAACAAGAACAUGAAAAGCCAAAUAUUCUUGUGCAUUGUCCUUUAUUGUCAUGGUUUCCAAAUGUUGUGUGGGAUUCAGCGAGGCUCAUUUGCAUACAAUAUGUGUCUAAAUAUUGCAUGUUGAUGAUGGUAAACUGUCCAGCACAUGAAUCUUCCACAGAAAUAAUAAUCAUGGACUCUCACAAUCCUCUCUGCUUUCAGGGAGACGCUGGAUUAAAUCAGACCUCUGGUUUACACUUUGGGCAUUCAGGGUUUUGUUGUUUUUUAUUUUUAAGGGUCUGUUUUAUUCCCACGCUUUUCUGACACUUUCUGCAAAACUGAACAACGCCAAAAUGACAAAAUUCGGAUCUGUGUUAUCCUUCAAUCCCUUGGCUUGAAAUUCCUCGUCUUCAGUUAGCUGGACCGUGCUUAACAUCCUAAUUCAAUGGAUGAAUUUGUUGUACAUCCCGGGAUUAUUAAAGUCUCCAGACCCCCUCCCACUUUGGCAGCAUAACACCACCAUCAUUCCUUUUGUGGUAAUGGUUUGUUGUGUGUUUUCAACUCCCACGCUUCGGCCACUAUAAAUAUUUAAUCUGUAGCUGAACUUGUGUUUUAUUAUUCAAGACUUUCGGUUUCUUUCAUUAUGAAUAAGGUUCUCAGGGAUAGCGAAACACAAUUAAAGGGAACUAGUUUGUUUGUCAUUUUGCAUUCCAGCUGAAUAACGUCGAGCCCUUAGGUCACCAAAUUAAAUAUUGUUUACAUUUGUUCCCCAAGUUAAAAACAAUCCUGUGCUAUGACAACAUGUUGGAGAAGACACAUUUGCAGUAGAUGUUACUGAACCAUUUCAUUUUCAUGGGGAUUUUAAAUGAACUCAUUCCAAUUGAAUUGACUGUUUAAAUGUUCUGGCUGGCACCAAACACUUUUCUGUGUUCAGUGCGACUAUUAUUAAUAUUUCAUGGUAUGUUAGAGCAUUUCGUAAGAGCGCUUCGCACAGUUGGGUGUUAACAUAUUGAUAUAAUUAGGUGUUCAUUCUCCUCUGGAGGGAAACAUCAUUUCCUUUGUUUGCUGUUUUUGUUAAGGAGCCUCUGUCCCACAUUGGUGGAAUAAUAGAAAGACCCAAAGUGACCCAUGUUGUGUGGGAAUUGAUCACAAUAAUGCCAAGAAGUCAUUGUUUCCUUUGUUGAUUGUCUGUGCCCAGUCAUAUGUACAAUGUUUCCCCUUGCAGUAAGGACCUUGCGAGAUAAAAAACAAUAAAGUAAAAACAUUUCCAAAAUA